GUUAAAAGGUGAAGCCCGCAGGGCAGCCUCCUGCCGUUCGGUCUCGGCCAAAGUUUCUGCCGGUCAAGUUUGAGGCUUGAGCGAGAGAAGCCCGCGGACGUUGCUGAUUGACCAGCUCCUCACAGCAGCCUCCUGGCAGGUCAGCCACGCGACAUUUACCCCCGGACUCUUACGAAGAGGUGAGGGUAGAGGGGGGUCGCUCCUGAGCCCAAAUCUCCUCGGCCUCGGGCAGAGCGGCAGCUUCUGGAGAGGAACUCGGUGGCUGGAGCCGAGGAGCAGUGGGUGUCUGGAACCGAGCAGCACGCACCGGACAUCGGAUUUUGCUACUUCCUGAAAUCAAAACUGAGGUGCGGCAUUCUCACUUUGGGUAUGCGAAAGACGGAAGUCGAUACCCAAGGGUCAGGAAGGUGGUUCUGGAAGACGACAAGGGCCGGACCUGUGCAUUGUCCCAAAGCAGAGCUUCAUCUCCGGACAUGGAUGAGAUGUAUCUGAGGGACCACCACCACCGCCAUCACCACCACCAGGAGAGCCGUCUCAACUCGGUCUCGUCCACGCAGAGCGACAUGGUUCAGAAGAUGCCGGGGGAAAGCCUCUCGAGGGCCGGUGCCAAGGCCGCGGGCGAGAGCAGUAAGUACAAAAUCAAGAAGCAGCUGUCGGAGCAGGACCUACAGCAAUUGCGGCUGAAGAUCAACGGACGGGAGCGCAAGCGGAUGCACGACCUGAACCUCGCCAUGGACGGGCUGCGCGAGGUCAUGCCCUACGCUCACGGGCCCUCGGUGCGCAAGCUCUCCAAGAUCGCCACUCUCCUGCUGGCCAGAAACUACAUCCUCAUGCUCACCAGCUCCCUGGAGGAGAUGAAGAGGUUGGUUGGUGAGAUCUACGGGGGCCACCACUCGGCCUUCCAUUGCGGGAGCGUGGGCCACUCGGCCGGCCAUCCAGCGCACGCCGCCAACGCCGUGCACCCGGUGCACCCCAUCCUGGGCGGCGCGCUCUCGUCCGGCAAUGCUUCGUCACCGCUGUCCGCCGCCUCUCUGCCCGCCAUCGGCACCAUCCGGCCUCCGCACUCGCUGCUCAAAGCGCCUUCCACUCCGCCCGCACUGCAGUUGGGCAGUGGCUUCCAGCACUGGGCCGGCCUGCCUUGCCCCUGCACCAUCUGCCAGAUGCCGCCGCCACCGCACCUGUCUGCUCUCUCCACUGCCAACAUGGCCCGGCUGUCGGCCGAGUCCAAGGACUUGCUCAAGUGAGCAGCAGGCCCUCCCGGCUGCGGAGGAUGAGGGGAGAGCGGCGGCGGGAGGGGUAGAGGUGCCGGGCCGGGAGGGAAGAGGGAGGCUGGGCGCACGGCCGGCUGCAGAGCGGGUACGCGGGGCGCCGAGGCCUCUCACACCGUCUGAGAGAUCUCAGACCCCACUUGACACGCAGAGGGAAAGGACUAAAAUCAAACUGCAAUUUCUAAGUGGUAGCGAAGGGGGACUCGAACCAGACGUCGUAUGUCUUGCAUGCAUGCUUCUUUUCUCCAUGCCGCGCCAGUAUUUCUCACUGCCAUGUGCUCUUGUCAAAACUGCAUUUGUUGUGUAAAGACGGGGUCGGUGUAGUUAAAAAGUUGCGAAGGGACUUUAGAGUUGGCUUUCUCUGGCUCUGUGUUCUCACCUUAGAAAAAAUCAACAUCCCUUUUGUCGAGAGAAAUGUAAAUAUUUCUUUGAGAUGGAUGCAGUUUUGAUUGUCUACCCUCUCCACGGUUGUUCUUCUAGAGACAAUGUGCGGGGAGGGAGAGAAUCAAGACUCACGUUUUAAAUUUCACCUCCGGUCCAGGGCAUGACAUCUCUCACGGGGGUUUUCCUUAAGACGCAGUGUAGGUCGAAAGAGUGCAUGCACGCUUCUAAAUGAAUCUCGUCUAAACAUGUUGUGCAGGCCGUAAUGCCAUUUUCCUUGUAACAAGGAUUUAUUAGUGAAUUCUCCGAAGUACCCCAUAUAUCUGUCUGUGGUUGUAGGAAAUGAAAAAGGGGGCAGAGUGCAAAGACCCAAACUCACGCACAUGUGCUUCUCCCCCACCCCACCUCCUUCAAACUCCCUUCCCAACCUUCCUGGGCUGUUUCAGGGGCCCGCUAUUGCAAGAGCUUGGGCUCCCUCUACUAGCUUGCCCCCCCCCCCCCACCUUGCUCAGUUAUCUGCAUGCGGGGUUGGCUCUCUCCAGCAUCAGCUUUGAAAACUUAUCUCAUUUGGGGAGGGGUGCUUUUUUUUUUUUAAUUUUCCUGAACAUUUGCUUGAAAUAUUUUGUUAGGGCUUCAAAGACAAGACCUGUCUUUAUUUUUUAUAUAUUCUUGAUAACUAUGAUAUAUUUAUUAAU